UUCCGGUACUUGCAGCAGCCCUCCUCCAGUGGGUGGCGCUCUUUACGGGUCAGGGUUGGGACCGGACGUCUUCAAAUAAACACCAACAUAAAAACAAGCAGCUGAAGUCCGACACAAAGCAGACAGAAACGUGCGCCUGUUCCAGGAAGGUGGCAGCUGGUUUAUUGCUGCACAGCUGCACCAGGUGAGGGAACACCUUUUACCUUCUCUUUUCACAGUUCAAAGUCCAACCGGGACUCAGACGUCCACACGCUCACCUGAGGAGUGGUACCUGGACAGAAGGACGUGGCUCUUUUCACCGAAGACAACGGGAUUGUUGGACAUGUCCGGAUGAACUCUAAGGAACUUGAGCCUGGAUCUGGUCUCACAUGGAUUAUACCUGAGCAGGUGGACGAAGACAGAUUCCUGCUGACUGACUGAGAGGCGGCCAUCUUUGAGCAGAACACAGCUGGAACCCUCUGAGUCCUCCACGCCCACCCGUUGCUGCCCCCCCAGUGGGUGGCAUGGACCCCAGAGCCAGCAGGCCGCUGCUGCAGGUCCUUGGGGAGAAUGAGGCGUUGCAGCAGUUCUUCAGUGGUCAGGAUGUUGGAGGCGUGUUGGACAGCUCUGUUGCCGUGGAUACGAGCGUCUUGGAGCAGUACUUGUGUAACGAUAUGGACCCCAGCAGCUUCAUGCUUCCUGAGUCCCCUCCUGAUUCCAGCUCAGAGGCUUGUUCCCCUCCACAGAUACCAGAUCUCAGGCAUGAGCGGACCUGCUGGACCACCUGGACGGAGGCGUUGCACCCGGAAACCCGAUCUGUCUCCGGUCACUUUAGGGAUCGAAGUUCCAUCAGUUUAAAUUUGGGUCACGUGACUCAAUCCUCAUCCUGUUGUUUCAAAGAUCAAGGCUCCGCCCCCUCCCUCUCUGACCUAAUGACCCAAGAGCCGAUCGACACUUUGGGGCUCCCUUACGUCCAGUCUGGGUCUACACCCGUCCUUCACCGUCCUCUUCAUCAGGACAGUCGUGGCUCACCUGAGCCUCACCUGAACCCAGAAAACUGUUUACAAGGUUACACCCCGCCCACUCCGCCUCCGUCCCUCCCUCCCUCCAGCACCUACGUUUCACCUGUUACUGGUCCCACCACGCUCCCACAUCGCCCCUCACCAGCCUUAAACCGUCUCCUGGGCUGUGCCCACACUUCCACCUCCACACCACUGACCUGCUCCCAGGAGGGGAAGAAGCGGAGGAGGUCUGAGUCCGAUGACCUGUUUGAGGCUCCUGGUGGUGAAGCUGAAAGGACUUUUAAUGGCAGUGUGGGGAAUGCUGUAAAUGGACCAGGUCUAGGAUCUUCCCAAACGCUCGCAUGGGAACAGUACAGACCAGAGCAGUGGAGCUCUUUGUACGACCAUCACUACCAAACCCUGCCCCCUCCUGUCUGCUGUGUCCAUACAGAUAAAGGCUUUAACUACUCUCCGUCUGACGAGGCCUUUGUUUGCCAGAAGAAGAACCACUUUCAGGUCACCGUUCACAUUGGCGUGGCUGCAGAUCCACUUUUCGUCAAAACUCAGGAUGGACCACAGGAAGUCGACUACCUCCACAUAAAAGUGUUUGGGGUUAAGUUUGAAACUCCGAGCCAUGAGGUGACGAUCGAGCAGUCCCAACCCGACCGAAGCAAGAAACCCUUCCACCCUGUCAGGGUCGCCCUGUCUGGUGGAAGAAUAAACAAAGUGACACUUGGACGACUGCACUUCAGUGAAACGACGUCCAACAACAUGAGGAAGAAAGGCAAACCCAACCCUGACCAGAGGUACUUUCAGAUGGUGGUUGGUCUGUACGCUGCCGUCGGACAGGAAACGUUUCUUCUGAGCGCUCUGGUGUCGGAGAGGAUCAUCGUCAGGGCGUCCAACCCGGGUCAGUUCGACACAGACAGCGACACCUUGUGGCAGCGCGGGGCGGUCCAGGAAACGGUGGUCUGUCAGGGUCGAGUUGGGAUCAACACUGACUCACCUGAUGAAGCUUUGGUGGUUUGUGGCAACGCCAAGGUGAUGGGCGCCAUCAUACAGCCGUCUGACUGCCGCGCCAAGCAGAACAUUCAGGAGGUGGACUCGGAGGAACAGCUGAAGAGAAUCACGCAGAUGAGGAUCGUCGAGUUCGAUUACAAACCAGAGUUUGCCUCCAGCACGGGGAUAGAUCACACUCACCAGACAGGAGUGAUCGCACAGGAGGUCAAGGAGCUGCUGCCGUCUGCAGUCAAGGAGGUUGGAGACAUCACCUGUUCAGAUGGGGAGAAGAUCCCCAACUUCCUCAUGGUGGACAAGGAACAGAUCUUCAUGGAGAACGUGGGGGCCGUGCAGCAGCUGUCCAAGCUUACAGACAACCUGGAGACCCGAAUUCAGGAGCUGGAGGUGUGGAACCGCCGGCUGGCCAAGCUGAAGAGCCUGACAGGAAGCCUCCGCUCCGCUGGGAAGCCUCAGAGACGCAGCAGUGUGUCGACAACCUCAACUUCAGAGUCGAGGAAAAGUGUGAAGCUUCAGAAGGAGGGAGGGAACCAGCGAUGCGGCGACUGUCAGCAGAAUAAACUCCUACAAGCCGGCUCCGUCAUCCUGCUGCUCGCCGUGGCGUUUUGCGUCAUCUCCGUCUCAGCUCUCUACAUCAUACACUUUAAGGCUGGAGACGUGGACGUCCCUCCAGGCGGCAGUGAUGCCGGUCCGGUUACUACACAGACGACGGUUGGCACCAGCACAGUGCCGGCCACCAGGCCCCCGGACUCUUGGCCGCCUGACGUGGAAUUCUGUCACCUGCUGUACUGUGACGAGGUGUACUGCUGCCCUUCACCUGCAGGGGGCGGCACACACUACAACAUCACUGCUCCAAAAACAGUGAGCACAGACAGACGAACAGAAAAAGUGACACGCCACCUGAAAAGUGCCCGAGACUGGAAAAACACCACCAUUCACACAUUCAUGAUUAAAGAAAAUCAGCAGGUGAUCGACUCCAAAUACUGCGUUAGGGAUGGAUGUGGGCCCGGAAGAUUUAUCUUCAGAGUUCCUAUCAGCCAGUUUGUUCCCCUCAACAUGAAAGUCACUCUGCUCAUGAACUCCACAGAGCUGUUAGUGGUUCAUCUGUGUCGCUCAGAUGAAUCCAGGACUUGUUCUUCUCUGCUGGAUGCAAAUACGGUCACGGGAGGGAGGUAUCCCUCAAAUACACAAGGGGACCACGAGUGGCCGCUCCACGUGGCUCGGCUGUACGACGGCUCGUAUCACUUCCGCUCUGCAGUGGCUGGUCAAGCAGACUGCAGUACUGACCAUCACUACGCGGGGGCGCUCUUCACAGACUACCACUUCAGUUUCUACAGGCGCUGCACAUAAGCACCGGACACCGGCCCCACUGCACCAGUCCAGCUCCGGCCUUCACUGUGCAGACACCUGCUCCUGCGGGCGUCACUCCUCUGCUCUUGUGGCGCUUUUAUGGCUGAGUUUGUGUUUUUUAUGGUGAAAUGAGCGUCCUGUGGUGAAGAGUUCACCAACACAAAACCAUGUUUGACAGUUGAAUCUCCUCCAGAUUCCCACUGAAGUAAUGAAGAGUUUAUUCGGUUUAAACAACCAACGCUUCUUAAUUGUGUCCGCUCUUAGACGUGAGUUUAGUAAUGGUGUUGUUGCACGUUUCGUUUGUCCACGUCUGAGGCUUAAAGGGGACUCCAGCCGGAUGGAGACUCAGCUGAAAGGUAACUUCUGCUUUCUUUACGUUUUAGUCCAACUUUCCCGGUGAAGCUCCGUCACGUUUUCCGUCUGCUCGGUGAACUUUGAUAAUCCUGUUGCUGAGGGAUCCUGGGAAUGGGCCAUGGACGUAAUUUUGGGGGGGGGGGGGGGGGGGGACAUGUCCCCCCACUUUUUCCAACGUCAAGUUUUGACCCCUGCACUUUUUACCAUCCAAAAACAAUAUUACGCUAUAUUAAACUGACACUGGUUGAGCUCUAGGACCAAGCGGAAAGCAACCGUUUGUGUUGAAGCCUGUUUCCCAUUAGAGCAUACUGUAAAGAUACCCCCCGUGUCCCCCCCACUUCUAAAGUGAAAAUUACGUCCUUGGAAUGGGCCAGUGGGACUUUUCAACCAUAAAGCUUUAGUUUUGAAGUUGUAUAACUUUUGUUUGUUUAAUUGUAAAAACAAGGACAAACAGCUUAUUUUUUAAAUGUUAAAAAUGAAUAAAUUUAUUUUCCAACAGAC